UUGCUUUACGAGCUUAUCCCAUGUCGAUUAAGAGGCUUCUUUGGCUGCAUGCAAGCUUGUGCAGGAUUGCGCAAUCUAGUCGGUCCAAACAAGCGAAACGCACAGAUGUGUCCUUACAUCCUUGAACGACUGUAUGGGGUCUAUGGACCAGCCUGCAACUUCGAUGGGAGCCAAAGCUUUGACGGUUGAUCCUGAGUACUCGGUCAUCGUUCCCACCUACAAUGAGCGCCCGAACGUCGCUGUGCUAGCCUGGCUACUCCAUAAAUACCUCGAUGAGCUUGUCUCCUUCGAAGUCGUGUUUGUUGACGACAAUAGUCCUGACGGCACCGCUAACGCCAUCAAGCAGCUGCAAGCCGUGUACGGCACGUCGCGCAUACGGCUUGUUUGCAGGCCUGGCAAGCUCGGACUCGGCACUGCCUACGCUGCCGGCCUUGCCGCCUCUUCCGGUCGCUUCAUCAUCCUCAUGGACGCGGACCUAUCUCAUCACCCAAAGCACCUGCCCGAUUUCAUCGCAGCGCAACGGGCAACCGACGCCGACGUCGUCGCCGGCACACGCUACCGCCUCGGCGGCGGCGUGGCAGGCUGGAACCUGACCCGCAAGCUCACGAGCCGCGGCGCCAACCUCCUUGCGUCCUUCCUCCUGGGAGCUCGCACAUCUGAUUUAACCGGUGCCUACCGGCUGUAUCGUCGUGGCGCUCUGUGUGAGCUGCUACACGCCACCACGUCGCGCGGCUACGCGUUCCAAAUGGAGGUCAUUGUACGGGCGCAAUACAGCCGGCUGCGCAUCACGGAGAUGCCAAUCGUGUUUGUGGACCGGCUGUACGGCGAAUCCAAACUGGGCAUGGGGGAGUACGUGCAGUUCGUACGGGGCCUGCUGGGGCUGCUGUUUGGGUUGUGA